AGAAACAUUUAUUUGAUCAAAAACAUGGAUUCUCACUCUCAACUCAAACAUUGUUCGAAAUAAUUUGGCAUAGUUCCACAAAACCCAACCACAUACAGCCACGUCACCACACCCCUACACGGCGACUCCACCGCAAAGCAACCCUCGUCUCUCCAUCCUCCUCCUCUAAUUUUCCGAUCUAUUUCACUCCACCUUAUUGCCACCUCUCUCUCUCUCUCUCUCUCUCUCUCUCUCUCUCUCUCUCAAUGACGGACCCAAUCAAACCUUCCACGUCACGUGGGAGCACCGUGAUUCACCCAAGACGCGAGCCAUUCGAGUUCGGUCUCUUACCAAUCCCAAAGCUCAUCUUCUCCGAUCCCACACAAUCCCUAAUCACAUUGAAACAGAAGCUUCUCGACUCUUCCUCUAAUCAUCGAGUCGACUCAGCCAUAAUCUCCGAUUCUCUCCAGAUCUCCGCCGACCAAGCUAGACUCCUCCUCGACACCCUCGCCUCCGUUCACCACUCCGAUUCUGAACCUCUUGUAAGGGCUCUGCCUGGCCAAAACGACGCCGUUGGUGCUGACAUUCACGAUCUGGUUCUGCUCCUUUACAUUCAAUCCUACAAAAGGUUGCUCCCCCGCUCUCACAAGGACUCUGCCUCUGUUGCCGAUGUUUGGCCUUCUACUUCUGCUUUCGAUGGUUACUUUUCUGCUCUCUCUCCUCUUCAGCUUAUGCGCAGCAACAGUAGGCGUUUUAUGCCCUCGCAGGCUGAUGAAGAGGCACAUCAGUUAUUGUAUCUACAAAAGCACAUGGCUAACAUUCUAUCACUUCUAGCAGAGCACGGCGAGAGUCAAGGGGAAGGCGAAGAAUUACAGGUUUUAACUAUGGAUAGAUUUGAGCACAUUGGGUUCCUGGUUCAGUUUGGCGAUAAGGCUGAAGGAAACUGUUUAAGUCAAUCAUCUCCAUUUUUUGCGAAUUCGGAUCCCGACAUGCCUGCCAUUCCUGUUUCUGUUACGCAAGUUCAUGACUGGCUUAUGCAAAAUAUAACUUCUGCUUUGGAACAUAUUUCUGAAAGGACUUCUGCAAAGGAAAAUGGGCCAGCCAGUGGCACUGAUCAAGAUGUUGCUAUGACUGAUGCAUGCACUGUCUCGGUUAAGUUUUCAGCUAGUACCAGGGAUUCGUGUUUCAUUGAAGGGGUCUCUAAAGCUUCUUAUGUGAAGCAUGCAUCUGACAUGAAAUGUUCAUCUGUUAAGGUUCUAAAUUGCCAAGAGUCUACCGUCUAUGUCUUAGCACCUUUGAGAUAUGCCAUUGUCUAUGGAUGCUCAGAUGCCACAAUAGUUCUUGGAGCAGUUGGCAAGGCUGUGAGAGUCGAACACUGUGAAAGGGUUCAUGUGAUUGUGGCCGCAAAACAUAUUUGUAUUGCCAACUGUCGUGAAUGUGUUUUCUUUUUGGGAGUGAACCAGCAACCUCUUAUAAUUGGUGAUAACCAUAAACUGCAGGUAGCACCAUAUAAUACAUGUUACCCCCAGUUGGAGGAGCAUAUGAGUGAAGUUGGAAUUCUGCCCACAGUGAACAGAUGGGAUGAAGCUCUGGCUUUGGGCAUUCUUGAUCCACAUGAUUCAUUAUCUCAUCCAGCUGGUGUAUCUGAUGUUCAAGCUGAGUCUGCUACACGAGUGGACCCUGAUCAGUUCACAAAUUUUGUGAUUCCAAACUGGCUUGCAGGAGAAUCCAUUGGAUCUACAAAAGACAACCCAUUUGCAUUACCAGAUUCAUAUGCGGCGUCUCAGCAUAAAAAUAAAAAAAACUUAGAGGAGAUAAGGCGGCUAAUACACGAAGCUUCUCUAGAAGACAAUCGUAAACGAGAAUUGACGUCUGUGCUUCAUAUGUACUUCAAGGACUGGUUAUAUGCUUCAGGAAAUAUUCGUCAACUUUACUGUCUGCAAUCGGAUUAAUCUUCCAUAGAGAAUAUAUUUAUUAUACACAGUUAAUGACAUUGAAGGGCAAAGGUUUUGGUUUCCUUUUUGAUACUUCAGUUUCGCUUGCCAAAUUGCAUUGGUCGCACAGGUAGCUAAAAUCAGUUGACAUGAGUUAGAGUGCUCAACCUUCUUAUGCAGUCAGAUAUAUCACUCUGCACAGAAAUGGAACAAAAAUGCAAUCAGUAAUCUGAUUGUUAUGAUUUUCUUUUUGUGAAAUAAUUUCUGUAAUAUUUUGUUAUUCUAAAUUAUCGGCCUUCUAGAAAAAAACAAAAACAAAUGACUGCAAUAUCUAUCUAGAGUACUAGAUUUUUUCGAUUUUCAACUUUUCCCCGUUGUAAGUCAAGAAAAGAAGAAAAGAGGGGUUCAAUGUGAUUGAGGUCCUUAUGGCUUA